AUGAGUGAUAAUGAAAGUUUUAUAUCGAUUGAAAAUAAUAACGAUGAAGUAAAAAAUAAUGAAAAUAAAACUAAUUUAAAUUUAGAUAAUUUUUUAGAUUACAAUAUAGAUUAUAUGAAUGAUGUAGAAAAGUACAACUAUAUAGGUGUAGAUAUUUUACAAAGGCCAGAUUAUUUUGAAAUAAAAAAAGAUAAAAUAGAAUUUUUCGUUAAUGAUCAGAUGAGUGACAUAAAUAAUGCCUUACAUAGCAGAAAAAAGGAAGAAAUUGAUAUAUUUUUAAAAAUUAAAAAAGAAUUAUAUAAUAUUGCUUACAAAAAUCACCAUAAUCAAUUAAACAUUAAUAAUAAUGAUAAUAAUAACUUAGUUGAUGAAAAAAAUAAAAUGAUAAAUGAAAAUUCUAAAAUAAUAAAUGAAAGUGUUAAAUUAGAAAAAAGUAAUAAUAAAAAUGAAGACAAAAACAAAAAGUCAUACGAUAUAUUAAAUAAUGACUUAAGUAUGACAUUAGGAAAUAAAAUAGAAGACACAUAUAAUGAAAUAAAAAGUAGCGUGAAUUGGUUAGGAAAUUUUUUUUCAAAUAAUGAAAAUUAUGAAAAAAAAAAAAAUUUAAAUAUAUUUUAUAAAGAUUUAUAUUUUUUUAAUGAUACAACGAUUAUACGUUUCUUAGAUACAUAUAAUUAUAACAUGCUAAAAACUUUAAAUAAAAUAAUUAAGUGUAUUUUAUGGAGACAAAUGAGUAUUAUUCAUUAUAAUAAUAAACAAGAUACUUUAAAUAAUUCAAAUAAUACAACUAAUAAUAACAAUAUUUUUGUAAAUCCGAAAAACUUAAGAAAUAGUUUAAUGAAAAUGAAUAUUUUUAGAUGUGGUUAUGAUUUAAAAUCAAGACCACUAUUAUAUAUAAAGAUACAAGAAAAGUUGGAUAUAAAAGAAGAAGAACUAAUAUUAAUGUUAGUAUAUCAUGUUGAUAUGUGUAUGAAUAGUGUUGAUUAUAAAAAAUGUUAUCAGAAAAACAAUAACUUAGAUAAUUCAGAAAAAAUAAAAUUUGAUGAAUCCUCUUUACAAUUGGUUAUAGUUGUAGAUUGUUUAAAAUUUGACUUAAAUAAUAUGAUUAGUGUUGAUUGUAUCAAGAAAAUUAUUAAUAUAUUUAAUGAAUUUUACACUGAUGUUUUAUAUAGAAUAUAUAUUAUAAAUGUUCCUUCUUUUUUUAAAAAAGUAUGGUCAUUAUUUAAUAUGUUUAUAGAUAAUCAUACAUUAAAAAAAAUAAUUAUUAUAAAUAAAAAAAACAUUAAUCUCAUGUAUGAACAUAUUAUUUCAAAUUUUAUGAUGCAUUUUGAUAGAACUUCUGAAAAAAAAGAUGAAAGUUCUAUAUUUUUCCCCUCUAAUACAUUAUAUUAUAAAUAUGAUGAAAAAUAUUAUGAAAAAUUAGUUGGUUAUGUUAAUAUCUGGGUGGAUAAAAUGAUAAAAGUUAAUCAUUAA